GAAUAGAGGUAAUGAACUGCGAGGUGAAGCAUGCGCUGCACUGCGCCGUACUAGUGGCGUGGAUCGUAUGUUUUGCCUACUUCUGCGGCGUGUUCACGGAGCCGGUAGAAGGAUCCGUUCCAGAAAGUCCAGUUGCAAGCUACGGACUCAUUUGGACAGUAUGCUUGUACUUACUCCGAUUCACUGCUCUUCUCGUCUUGCCACAAUGUCUUUGCAAUCUUGGCGGGUUGAUGAUGUUCAAUGCAUUUAGAGAAAAAGUCCAACUGAAGGCAGCACCUCUUCUCUCACCAUUUGUCUGUUUCCGGGUUGUAACCAAAGGAAACUUUCCGCUUCUCGUUAAGGAGAACAUUGAUACGAACAUGAAGACAUGCUUUGAAGCUGGAAUGGAAAACUUCAUUUUUGAAGUUGUCACCGACAAGGCCAUCAAUUUACCACCAAAUCCAAGAGUCCGAGAAGUCGUCGUUCCAACUGUAUACAAAACAAAAAGUGGUGCCAAGUUCAAGGCUCGUGCUCUUCAAUAUUGCCUGGAAGACGAUGUGAAUAUUCUUCAGCCAACUGAUUGGAUUGUUCAUCUCGACGAAGAAACACUGCUGACAACGAACGCAAUCUGUGGGAUUCUCAAUUUCUGCGAAGACGGAAAACAUCAAUUUGGACAAGGAGUCAUCACGUAUGCAAACGGAGACAUUGUUAACUGGCUGACAACUCUUAGUGAUUCGUUCAGAGUUGCUGAUGAUAUGGGGAAGCUGAGAUUCCAGUUCAAAUUGUUCCAUAAACCACUUUUCGGAUGGAAAGGAUCUUAUGUGGUGACACAAGUCGAAGCAGAAAGAGAUGUUUCUUAUGAUCAUGGAAUGGAAGGAUCGAUUGCUGAGGAUUGUUUCUUUUCGAUGGUUGCAAUGAAACACGGCUACUCGUUUGAUUUUAUUGAAGGAGAAAUGCACGAGAAGAGCCCAUUCACUAUGUGGGACUUUUUGCAACAAAGAAAACGCUGGCUCCAAGGAAUUUUACUCACUGUUCACUCGUCGAAAAUUGCUGUUGUUCAUAAAGCACUUCUUGCUCUGUCAUUGUAUGCCUGGGCCACAAUGCCAUUAACUUCACUUCAAGUAUUCCUCUGUCCACUAUUUCCACUUCCAAGGUGUCUUCCAUUCGAUUUCCUGCUCUCGUUUGUCGGUGCUCUCAAUCUCUACAUGUACAUUUUCGGAGUUGUCAAAUCGUUUUCUCACAAAUAUCGUAAUAGUUUGCUCCGUCUUGCGAUGUAUCUCGCUGGAGCACUGAUGACUAUUCCAUUCAACAUACUUAUCGAGAAUGCAGCUGUUCUUGUUGGAAUGUUUGGACGGAAGGAUCAAUUCUAUAUCGUUAACAAAGAUAUUCAAACUGUAUAAUACUGAAUUAGUACAAACACGAUCUGAUGCGCCGUUCUUAUCGAACUCCCUUCCUCUCUUUCCAUGAUUAUGAAUGAAUAGACAAAUCGAAAAGAUUUGAAAUUAUCAAUAUAUUCCGCCUAUUUUCUUGCCGCCCUCUACUCAAGAAGUAGCCCACUCUUUUUUUCAUUUCUCUCGCCAAUCUUUCUCUUACUAAUUUGCUCAUUUCUCCUUUAUGUUGUGAUACUUUUCCCUUCCGGUUCGUUUAUUUCUGAAAAAAACGAAAAAAGUUAGUGAAUCUCUUGAGUCUUAUGCCGCUUGAGAUCUCUCGCUGACAUGAAAACGCUCAAUAUAGGUGCACCCCCAUUCGUUUGUUGAUACUCCGUUUUUAGGACGUGUCUUUCUAGGCUUAUUCGCAUUUUUUCAAACAUUGUAUCUAUAGUCUUUAUUGCAUGUUUCUCGAAAAUGUAUUUUCAAUUUUUCCAAAAAACUAACACAUUUUUCUAGUAGUAUCCUUUUUUAUCUUUCUAUAGGAAAUGACACAAAAAUCCCCGUUUGAAUAUUUUUUUCACAUCCACCCACACCCAAAACACACCGGCUAUUGAUCUCGUGUAUCGCAGUUUACGUGUUAUCGUUAUCACAUUUGAAUUUGUUUAAAAUGAUAAAUGCUUAAAUUCUCUAGUUUUUUUUUUCAGAUAUUU